AUGGCUUCGCCGAACACCAAGAUGCGUGGAAGCCCUUUGCAGACUCCCGGCAAUGUUAGAAUCGUCGUUCUCAUCCAUGUAGGCGACAUCACUGUCUCCUUUGAGAAGUGGCAGUUGGCCCCGACAAAUGCCGUUGAUGGUAAGUUCUACAUCCCAGAAUCUGACCCAAAAUUUGUUGGCAACCCAUUUGAAGCCGAGUCCUUGAUGUCGAUACAACGGCUGCUCUUCAGGUUCUCGCAUGGACUAUCCUCGAGUAUCUCGGGGAGCCUCUGGAAGAGGAUGUGGAGGGCAUUGUUCCUUCAAGCGACACCCCACACUCAACGCCAGCCGGGCUUGAGCCUGGGGAGAUCCCCCUCAGCGCCUCGGAGAAAUUCCCAUGCUACCCUUCCGGCAACGCGCCCCCGCUGCAAGUCCCCACAGUACCAUGAUCGGCACAUCCGAUCAUACGACCCAUCUCCUGGACCCGGCCCGGAGCAGCAGCGCCAGUUCUGGACACUUCGCACCCUCAAAUCAAAGCCACUAAGUGGCAGUCGAGGUCAACGACAAGGCCAGCCGGAAAAGGAAGCGCUCCUCAUCCACGGAUUCACUCAUCGAAUCUGCCAGUUGCAACAUCUCUCUACUCUACAGAGAGGUUUCAUGCAUAUUCACCUUGAAGUCCCACAGUUGCAUACGGAGGUCGCAACGCCUGAUCUGUUGCCUCACCAGGCCAUGCAGAGAUGA